AUGGAGAGCCGCGUUGGCUUGGACUACAUCGUGGAACAUGCUGAAUACACGGGCAAGCUCGCCGCCGCCCUCACCUCGCCAGCACCACCUGUCAAGAAGCAGGUGUUCGAGCUUCUGUCAGCGCUGUGCGUGUACAACGCUGAUGGCUACGCCAGAGCGGUCGACACGUUAGAGCGAUACAAGACCCUGAAGGGUGAGAGAUAUCGCUUGACCGUGGUAGUCGAAGAACUGAAGAAUGCCACCACCACGGAUUACAAGACGGCCUUGGUUGCGUUCAUCAACUGUCUCAUCAUCUCCGCACCACGCUUACCUGACAGGAUACGGGUUAGAAAUGAGUUUAUAGGACUGGGUCUCUUGCCAACAUUGAACAAUUUGAGACAUGAAGCAGCCAGCCAGCCCGACUUGGGUGUCCAACUUGACGUGUUCGAAGAGCAGAGGGAGAGUGACGAAGCCCAAGGUCCUGGAGGAAUCAACCUUAACUCGCAUCUGGAUGUGUUCUACGCUAUCCUCAAACAGGUAGCUGAGACACCACAAGAGAUCCCAUUCCUGAGCAUCUUGCAGCAUCUGCUGAAGAUAGAUCCGAAGGAGCCAGUGAGUGACAUUGUUUGGGACACAGCAGAAACAUUGGUCCAUCGUGCUACUUUAUUAGAGAGCAGGGAAGAUGCUGCGAAGCUACUCAGAGCUCCUAGUGUACAGGCCAAGGUCGGCUGCACAUGUCAACACAGAGAUUUAUCUAGUGGUGCGAGGAAGCAAAGUCUGCAGCGAGCCUUAUCGCCACCUCCUCCACCCCCACCGCCUGUCAUGGCACCACCAGCAGGUAUCCCCCCACCGCCAGCUCCAAUGUUACCCCCUCCGCCACCGUGUGGUCCUCCUCCUCCCCCCGUCCCACCGCCCCCGUCAGCAACUUGCCCCGCCCCACCAGCUCCAGUAAUCGACGUGAAGCUGCCGCAGCAGGAGACACCUAUACCCAAAACAAAAAUGAAGACUAUAAACUGGAACAAAAUUCCUAAUAAUAAGGUUAUUGGACAAAAUAAUAUCUGGUCACUAGUAGCAUCCAGUCAUAAACAUUCACCCAAAGCUGACUUGGACUGGAGUGAGAUCGAAGGUCUCUUUUGUCAACAGAUACAGCCUACAGGAUCCGCCGGGUCAUCACCACGACUAGGCCGAAGCCCUAUAUGCGAUAGUUCAGGAGAAAGGAAGCCUAGGAAAGAGUCCUCGGAGAUCUCACUCUUAGACGGCAAGAGAAGUCUCAAUGUUAACAUAUUCUUGAAACAAUUCCGCAGUUCAAACGAAGACAUCAUCCAGUUAAUCCGCGAGGGUAGCCAUGACGACAUCGGCACGGAGAAGCUGAGGGGUCUUCUCAAAAUACUACCAGAGAUAGACGAAUGUGAGAUGUUGAAGGCCUUCUCUGGUGACGUCACGAAGCUAGGCACAGCUGAGAAGUUCCUGCUCCAACUAAUACAGUUGCCUAAUUACAAACUCCGCAUUGAGUGCAUGCUGUUAAAGGAAGAGUGGGCUUCAACGUCAGGAUACUUGGAGAGUGCCAUCAACGCUAUCCUCGUGGCUGGAGAUGACCUCAUGUCUUCUAGAGCAUUGCAGGAGGUGCUUUACAUCGCACUAAUAGCUGGUAACUUUCUCAACGCGGGUGGUUACGCGGGUGGCGCAGCCGGCGUCAGACUCGCCUCCCUACAGAAGUUGCCGGACAUUCGCGCCAACAAACCUGGGGUUACUCUAAUUCAUUAUGUAGCUCUGCAAGCUGAACGCAAGAAUAAAGAGCUCAUUCACUUCGCGGACGACACCCGUGUUCUGGAAGAGGCAGCCAAAGUCAGCGUUGAGCAGCUGCACAAUGAAAUUAAGACAUUAGAACUUAGGAUAGCCACACUAAAGAAAGAUAUUCAAUUGCCCACCACGCAGCAGGACAUCAAAGAGCAGAUGGGAGAGUUCUUACAGAUAGCAGAACAAGAAGUGUCAGCGCUCAAUAAAGAUAUGGAAGAAGUGGAGAGUGUUCGGAAGCAACUGGCAGAAUUCUUCUGUGAGGAUCCCGUAUCGUUCAAACUGGAGGAGUGCUUCAAGCUGUUCAUGUGGUUCCUGUGCAAGUUCCGCGCGGCCGUGACCGACAACGCGCGGCGCCGCGCCAACGAGGAGCAGGCCGCCGCCCGCCGCCGCGCGCGGGACCUCGCCGCGCAGCGCCUCCGCCCCGCACACACCGCCAACGGCAGUAGCGUUUGCAGUACCCCUGUGUCAGAGUGUGAGUCUCUGAUGGAAUCCCUCUUGCUGGAUAUUAGGAACGGUCUGGGUAGGCGAUCGUUAAGGAAACCUCACGACCCGUCGCCUUCGCCCGAUGUGACUCCAACGGGCAGUUUACGUCGCAGAAGUAGGGCUAGUCCCGGAGACGAUGAAGAGGGUCUGCUGGAAUUCCUGCGACACUCAUCGCCGGCAGCCAACGAUCUGAGAGAAAGGAGCGCCUGGGGUAGUCUCGAUCGUUCAUGGUCCCGGCGCGGAGCUUCCCGCGCUCGUCUGGAGCUGCCGGGCCCGGGGCGGGAGCGGCCCGCCUCUCCCCGCGCGGCCCCGACGACCCCGCCCGCGCCCACGUCCGCCCCUGUCGUCUCUCCUGCGCACUCGCCUGACAUCGCGCCGGCCAAACCCAAAGAGUGGCGACAGAAGAUCGAGUCGUGGCUCCGAGCGAGCAGCCAGGAGGAGCAGAGCCCCCGGGCGCGGCCCUCCCGCGGCACUCCCGCUGGCCCUCCGGCACGGCUCGUCGACAAGCGCUCCUUGGAAAACGACUCCGAGAGCUGCGGCUUGUCGCCGGAGCCGCUGAGCGCCGUGCCCGAGGGCCCGGAGCGCGAGGCGCGCGCCGAGUGGCGCCGCGUGCCCAGCGACUGCGACGUGGUGCGCGCGCUGCACACCGUCGAGGAUGUACAACCGCAAAAGAAAGACAACAAGGUGCCUCGGAGGAAGACGGAAGAAAACGAAGAAAUGAGAAGGCUUCGAAGGCAGAGGUCGAGACAGCAGAUCGAAUCACCCCAACCUCUAAUAUCCAUCGUUGAAGAGAAGCACAAGUUGCCCGAUAUUCGAGUCACCGCCGAAAAGGACCCGAAAGUAGAGAGAUUGGAAAAAUCGGAUAAGGUAGAGAUAGAUUCCGAUAAUAUAGAGACACCACCGGCUCAAAGAAAGUUCACGUCUAACUUUAGUCCUCCUCCAGAAAGAGAACCGUGUAGGAAAUUCCAGCCGUCGCUUCCCAGCAGGCUAAAGCAACCGAAUCUGAAUGACAAGGCUACGACGGAAAUGAAAGAAUUGUGUCAAGAAAUCUUAGGAGACGGCCAGUUUGAUAGGUUCUCUGCAGCGAGAAGAACUCGUAGGUAUAAAAGGCCUACGGAUUCUAGUUCCCCUGAAGAAGAAAAGAAACCGGAGCCGACUCCCGCACUAGUCACCGAAACGCAAGUCGUGAGGCCGUCAAAAUUGGAAGUCCAAGCUUCGUACAAAGUGGAAGCACCGCAAGAAGUGGUGGCUAAACCCGUCGAAGUUACUAAAGACGAGAAGGAAACUAGGCUAAAGCGGUGGCAGGAAAGACUAAAGAACCAAAGUACAGACAAACCGACCAAAGAAACGAAGCCUUACCUACGGAUGAGGAGACAGACUUCGAUAAACCAGGAAGACGUGCAGAAAGCCAUAAGAGAACUGAAAUCUCCCGCAGAAAACCCAGCUGGAGUGUGGUCCAGAGACGCGUACAGGAAAUCGAUGAAUAGCAAAACGGAAAAAGUGCCAGAAAGAACAACAUCUCCAAGAAUUUCAAAAGUCAAGAGUGAGCAUGAGCUAAACGACGAAGGUUUUGAGGAAACGCAAAGUCUGAACUCAGAAAGCGCAUCUCAGGGUGCUUCAUCAGGUUGUAACGUGGAAUGCGAGUCCCCUGUCCCAAAAAUUACAAAAUCACCUGUAGUCCCAAAGAAGAUUUCUACCAAAGAGACGAGGACUCCUCCUCGAACGCCCUUAGACCCCAAGCGCGUGAUUCCAAAGCGGGCUAGCUCACUAAGAGUAGAGAGGUCAACCUCCCGCGCAUCUCUUAGAAGUUCGCGAAGCUCCUUAAACAGUUCUGCGUCGGUCGCGACUGUAAAACGAGCACCGCCUUCCCCAGUGAAACCUAUUCCCAAACCAGUUCCCAAACCUGUAUCCAGGAUGCCUGCAUCCAGGUCUUCAUCUAGCGGUAGCUCAGUUGGUACUUCAAGGCCACCUUUGAAGAGUCUCACCAGUAAGACAACGACAUCGGGCUUUAUGAGGCCAACUCAAGCUUCUAAAGGUAAAGUGGGACCGACAGCGCAGCAGGUCUUGAGAGCGAGUGUGAAGUAA